AUGGAGUUUAAUUCUUUUGAAGAAGUAAUGAGUUAUUAUAAGCAGUAUGCAAAGAAAUGUGAGUUUGGAGUGAUGACAAGAAGGAUUGAGAAGGGAGAGGAUGGUAAUGUUAGAUAUGCCACUCUUGGUUGUGCCCGUGGUGGAAAGGCCUGUAAUAAGAUCUUGAAUGUCGCCAGACCACGACCGACAAGAAAGACAAAAUGUAAGGCAAAGAUUAAUGACUUAAAAGUUGAUGGAAAGUUUAAGUUGACAACAGUUCAUAAUAUUCAUAACCACGGCCUCAAUCCAAUUAAAUCCUGCUUCUUCCGAUGUAAUAGAGAAGUGAGUGACUUCGUAAAAAGAAUCCUAGAUACAAACGAUUUGGCUGACAUCUGGAUGAAUAAGAGUUUCAAAUCUCUUGUUGUUAGGGCAGGUGGAUUCGAGAACCUCCCGUUUUUUGAAAAGGAUUGUCGAAGUUAUAUCAACAAGGCAAGACAUCUGCGACUAGGAAAAUGUGGUGUUGGAGUGCUUCAAGAAUAUUUUUUAAGGAUGCGGUACAAAAAUCCUGGGUUCUUUACAUUGAUGGAUUUAGAUGAUAAUGGAAGGUUAAAUAAUGUAUUUUGGGCAGACCCCUGUAGUAGGGCAGGAUAUCAGUAUUUCUGUGAUAUGACCACAUUUGACACCACAUAUCUGACGAAUAGAUAUGGGAUGCCCUUUGCACCAUUUGUUGGUGUAAACCACCACGGCCAGUCAAUUUUGUUGGGUGCAAGAUCGAUAUCCAGUGAGGAUAUGGAGACGUUUGUCUGGUUAUUCUAG